GCCCUCCGACUAACAUGGCCGCAUGAAUUAGUGAUUGUGAGGAGAUUGUGGACGAAAAAACUGACUUUUUACUGUGUGUGACCAUCCGAAAGUGACAUUUAUAUGUACGCUGGACACUCUGAUAUGCAGCGGAUGAAAGGACAAGGAACCUCAGUGCCAAAUGGGCCGAAAGACCAGAAUUACUCCUCAUUCCAGAGUUACACUAGUCCCAUGACAUCUUCGAUGGCCGCGGCUGCAGCUGCUUCUGACCCGUAUAUGUCGUCUUACUAUAUGACCUCAACUCCUUACCAGGCAUUUGGCGUUGGAGACGGCACUUGGAGUAAUGGGGGUGACCACAUGCAGACUUUCCUCGGAGGUUAUGGCGGACAGAUGGGAUAUGACUCACACAGUGCCAUUGAUGGCAUGUUCAGUAGUGGCAGUUUUGGUGGCUUCAACCCUCCCGGCUUUAACUAUGGUUUUCACGGGAAUGGUGACUACAAUGCAUGGGGAGGGUCAGAGGUUCGUGGAGGGAACAAGCAGUAUGACGACUACUACCAGCGAGAUAAUGUCUACACCGAUGAACGUGUAAAAGCUUUGGAUCAAGGUGUAGAGGGACUAACUCUUGCUGACCCAAAAACAGGUCAGGAUUUGCCUAGGGAAGGUGGACCUGGAGCUAAUAAAAAUGCAGCCACUAACGGGAGUGGGGGAGUUGAAGUCAAGGCUAGUGGGGCCAGCAGUCCAGGAGGAGAAACAUCAGUUGGACUCGGGCAGCCAAAGAAAGGUAUGUCUUGGGCUAGUAUUGCCUCCCAGCCAGCCAAGCCUCAACCAAAUAGACGGCGAGACAAGACUACAAUGUCCUCCAUUGUACCUGGUCGUCAUAUGGACAUUGGAACCUGGGAGGGGAAGAAUGGAGGUGGACCGAAACCCGUUGCACCACCACCUGUCCCCCGCCCUGCAUGGGAAGCUCCACGAGGAGGCACGCGAUCCACUACCUCUGCUUCAUACUCUACCCCACCACCUCGCACCCCACCCCAGGUGCCUCAGCCUCAGCAAGUGCAGCAACCAGGUCAACCACAGCAGCAGCAACAACAACAGCAACAGCAGCAACAGCAGCAGCAGCAGCAACAGCAGCAGCAGCAGCAGCAGCAGCAACAGCAGCAGCAACAGCAGCAACAACAACAGCAGCAGCUGCAGGCAUCCCCACAACAGCAUCAGCAGCAACAGCAGUCACUCCAGCAGCACCCACACCAACAGCACAUGCAUCCUCAGCAGCAGCACCAGUCACAUCAGCAACAUCAACACCAGCAGCACCAGCACCAGCAGCAUCAGCACCAGAACCAACAGCUGCAGCAGCAGUUGCCUCCAUCACCCCAGCAGCAGCAACCCCCUCAAGCACCUAUGCUUGCGGGAGGAGGAAUGCACUCCAACAUGGAACUUGCCCCGUCACCUCAGAGUGGACCACCGGUACCUGUGUCCCGGCCCAUGUCUCAUGCCCCAGGACAGAUUAACGAUCUACAGACAGAAGAGGGUAUCUUGGAAGACUUGCGAAUGCGCAAUGACUACAACCCUAAGGAAUUUGACCUUAGCCCUAAAAAUGCACGUUUCUUUGUGAUUAAAUCUUAUUCAGAGGACGAUAUUCACCGUUCUAUCAAAUAUGAGAUAUGGUGCUCCACAGAACACGGUAACAAGCGUCUUGACUCUGCUUUCCGUGAACGAGAGGGUAAGGGGCCAGUGUACCUUUUCUUCUCAGUGAAUGGAUCUGGACACUUUUGUGGAUUAGCUCACAUGAUUUCCACUGUAGACUACAACUCAUCAUCAUCAGUGUGGGCCCAAGACAAAUGGAAAGGCCAGUUUCGAGUGAAGUGGAUAUUUGUAAAGGACGUUCCAAAUAGCCAACUGCGGCACAUUCGGCUGGAGAACAAUGAGAACAAACCUGUAACAAAUUCUCGUGAUACCCAGGAGGUGCCAUAUGAAAAGGGAAAACAGGUUUUGAAGAUAAUCAUCCAGUACCGCCACACCACCUCCAUUUUUGAUGACUUCCUCCACUAUGAAAAACGGCAGGAAGAGACGGAGACACGCAGGCAUCCUAAUACUUAUAAGGAUAUGGAAAGAGGUGACGAUCGUCGCGGUGACCGUAGCUUAGAGCACCGAGACCACAGGGAUCACCGAGAUCCCCCCAGGGACCAUCGAGACCACCGUGAUAGCCGCGAGCACCGUGAUGGCCGUGACCACAGGGAUGGACGUGAUCACCGUGAUCACCGAGAUCACAGGGAGCACCACCGGGGGGGUAUGGGUGGGGGACGUGGCCGAGGGGGGCACCACCAUCACCACCGUGGCGGACGCAACUAAUCACAGACUUGGCAAAGCCACAGUGUAAUAGCCCUGCAGAGGUGAACAUUGAGGGAUGUCAUCUGUGGUUUAAAAAACUUGCUAGAGAACAGAUUUGCUAGAUAAAACUAGCAGAGUGGAUGUUAAAAACAAAGCAAAAGAGAAAGCAAAAAAAUUACUGAUUAUUAAUUGGCUUUAAUAUGAUCAUGUUUAAAAUAUAUAUUGCUGGACAAUCUAAUCUUAUGAAGUUUUGCAGUCAGUAGACUUCAGACCAUUAAGACUUUUUUCUAUUUCUUUUUUUUUUCUUUUUUUUUGCAAUGAAGUGAAGAAAAUCUUACUUCAUGAAGGACUGACUGAUUGAGUGAGGUUUGAAAGACUUUUGAGCCUCUAAGUGUCUGCCAUUUGGAAAUUAUGAUUGAACAUAAUGCUAUCACUUGAAAACUGAUAUUGCACUGCAUGUGACCAAAUACAGUAAUAACAUGUCCAGCCAUGAAUACUGCGCCAUAAUUGUGAGAAGUGUAGCAGUGCACUGAAACACUGUUUUCGUCCACUGUUCAAGUUUAGACAGGCACCUGUUAGCACUCAAACUACACCAGCCUGAGGAUCAGCUUAAGUGAUAUCACAGAGUAAAAAUAACUUCACACGAUUGUCACUGUUCCUUGAGGAACAUUUUGGCAUUCAAGAACUGCAAUGAAUAUGCCACUGUCAUUGUUAUUAUUUUGUUUCUUUCACUGUUGUGGUUAGGGGAAUGGAACACAAUAUAUAUAUUUAAUCUAAUCCUCCUAUAAUCCUACAACUGCGGCUUGUAUAGGCGAGCCGGAUGACCGCCAGAGCCCACCCGGGGGACCUGAACUACCAAGCAAAAGUCGAGAGCAGCGGCCCCCACACCAGCUAAACCCACUUACUUCUCUUUUUAUCUUUUUUUUUUUUCUCUCUCAACAUUCAUCAUUUAUGAAUUUAUGGAUGUUUUCUUUUUUCUUUUUCUUUUUUUUUUAUGAUCAAACUUUCUACAAGUUUGCCUGUGAUUGGGUCCAUGGGGGAUUUCUGUGAAUAAAAAAUAUAUAAGAAUAAAAAUAAGUGAGCAUUUCCAGUUUUUGUCAAAUAACAACAGUGACAUUGGAAAGUGCAUUGUGGAAGGAAAGUCUGUGUGUGAUUUUGUUGAAUAAAGAAGUGGUGGUUUUGAGGAAAAAAAAUUGAGAGUUAUUGUGAUGAGAACUGGAUGAUGUUAGGGAUAUUCAUAUCAUUGGCUCGGGAUAUUAAGAGAGUGACAAAUAAGGAAAAAGAUGAAAUGUACUUUGGUGUUUUAUUUCUUAGUGCCUGAGAGUAUGGAAUUGUGUAGUUAAGGUGAUAUUGUAAAUGCUCUGAAACAUUUAAAAAAAAUAUAUAAACAAAAGAUAAAAAAGUUAAACUGAACCACCGUAGACUGAAGUUGGUUUGUCUCAGCAGUGCCUCAAUUAAGUGAAAUAAUUGUAGUUGUUAGUGUUAUCAUAUAUUGCCAUCUAAUAAUUGAUAUUAGGAAAAAAAACACUUGAUGGUUCUUUGGAAUCAGUUAUUCAAAAAUAUAACAAUUUUAAAGCCCUCUUCAGACUGAACGAAUGAUUUAACGAAAACAAACAAAAAACAAACAAACAGCAGUUCUUGUGACCAUGGUGUUAUGAAUGUGUUACAUGGUUGAGAUAUUUUUCAAGAAAAAUUGUGAUAAGCGAACAGAGUAGAAGGAAAGAAAAACAAACAAAUAAAUGAAGAAGAGAAAAAACAGAACAAAGAAUGAAGGAAAGUGCUGGGAAUUGCUUGGUGCUGCUUUGAAGGUCACUUGUGCUUGCUAGAAUGCCGCCACGUAUCAAGACCACCUCCCGUUGUGUCCAGCGAAAGUGUCCACUGUUGCGUCCCAGCCAUGGCUCGUGCACAGGCCUGCCAACAACUUCUUGGGUUAAGCUCUGCUUCACUGCCUCUUGUUUGUCAGGGAUGUGUCAGGGAUUUAGCUUUAGAGGGAACAGGAUGCAGAGCUUUAGAACUAUAGUUUCAAAUUUUUUUCCUGUCUUCAAAAUUAGGGCUCGUGCAACAUGGAUGGUACAUGCAAUGGUGGACAUCUCUGCUUGUUCCAGUGUUUAUUUUAUUUUUAUUUUGUUAUUGUGAGUUUGAGAAAUGUAUGGCACAUCAGGCCUCUGCUCUUUUCUUGUGAUUGAUGGAAGAUGAGAAAUACUUUGUAAUUAAUAAUUUGCAAUUAUGA